AUGCAGACAAAAAGGUUAAGGCAAGCUAAAGAAGAAGCUGAGAAAGAGGCAGCCCUUUAUCGCUCCAAUUGGGAAACUGAGCACCAAAAGACACUUGAUGAGACAAAUGGGAACUCUGGCUUAACUGCGGGACGGCUUGAAGAGGAAACUGAAGCCAAGAUUCAAAACCUGAAGAACUCAGCCUCUAAGGUCCAGUCAGAUAUUGCUGACAUGCUCGUCAACUAUGUUACAGCCAUUCGAAUUAGAGCAGAGUCCAGAAGCUGCGUCAGGCACAGGCUGAAGGCAUCAGCGUCCAAUUUAAUUGUCCGAUGA